GCGCGUCUUCCUUUUGUCGGUUUGUUGUCAUUGUUUGAGUUGGACUUGCUGGUGCGUCGUUCUGCUGCAUAGCGUAUAUAAAUAUAUUUUUACCUGCAUUUGGGUCCUUGUAAAAGUCACAAGCCGGAACGUGACAUCAUCUACACUAUUCACAGGAAGUCACAUGUGAAACCCGCCAUGUGAAAAUCAGCCUUGGACUUGAACCAAGAUCAUUUGGAAUGAGAUCAGAUUUGACCCAGUUAAUGCGGCGUAAUUGUUCAUCCAACAGUUCUCGGAUCAGAUUGAAGCGCUCGUGCGGACGCCCCAUUUCGGCUCCGCCUUUGAUCCGUCGGCUGCUGUAAAGUUUGUCUUCCCUUGUGACUCCGAGGACCGGCUAGCGACACCGCUACACGACGCCUCUCACCGGACCUGUUCGGACGUUUAUGUGGACCCGCUUGGUUGUAGCUAGCAGCCGCUAGCUACAAGAGGCUCAACAAAAUGGUUCGUAUGAUUCCCAUCUCCCUUGCCAUCACAGUACAGGUCAUAUUUUCAACUGCGAUUGCCGUGACGGCUGAAGAGGAGAGCAGGGAAUGCAGGGAACAGGAGUACAAGGACCAGUUUGGGAAUUGUAAACCCUGCAAGCAAUGCGAUGCAGGACAGGAGCUGUCAAAGGAAUGUGGCUUUGGUCACGGAGAAGAUGCCCGGUGUGUGCCGUGUCGGAGCAGUCGCUUCAAGGAAGACCGGAGCCUCCAGAAGUGUAAGCCGUGUCUGGACUGCGGACUCAUCAAGCGCUUCCAGAAGAGCAACUGUUCCGCGACCAGCAAUGCCGUGUGUGGCGAGUGCCUGCCCGGAUUCUACAGGAAGACAAAACUAAGUGGCUUCAAAGACAUGGAGUGCAUCCCCUGUGGAGACCCGCCGCCUCUGUAUGAGCCUCACUGCAGUGGGCGAGUGAACCUGGUGCCGCUGCCCUCGGCGGUGACGAGUCCUCGCGAUAUAGCACUGGCAGCGGUCAUCUGCAGCGCCUUAGCUACGGUGCUGUUGGCCCUACUGGUGCUGAGCGUCAUCUACUGCAAGAGGCAGCUGCUGGAGAAGAAGUACAGUGCGUCCCUGAGGAGCCAAGACUGUCCCUACAGUGGCAACGAGCUGUCCUGCCUGGACCAACGAUGGCUCCAUGACUUCCCCCAGAGACCUUGCUGCCAGGGUCACCUGGGCCUUGGACACCCCUGCGGCUCAGUCCAUCUGAUCCCAUCCUUGUGUAGUGAAGACAGUCUGGACCACGCACCGUUUGGCUCUCACGCCAGCCUCGGCGACAGAAAUAUGGAGCGUCAUGACCAACUGGUGCCGCUGCAGUCAAGAGGACAUCCGGCAUCGGCAGAAGACAUCUCGGAGGCUUUCAGGCCGGAACCGGAACAUGACGAGGCAGAGGAGGGAGAGAAGCAGCAAGCGUGCACGCAAGAGGGUGAGGUGACCUUCAGUUGACAUUGACAAGAGCAAAACGUUCUGCUCGGAGGAGUGUGAUUUAUGGAUGCAUGGAGUUUUGGAGCUUCUCCAGCCUUUUGACGUUUGACAUGAGUUGCCUCUGAGCAAAGUGCAGAAUGAUUUAAUUGACGGCAAUCGUGCCAAAUUUGAAUGAUGUGCCCUUUCUCCGUAAACACAUCAAAGUUAAGAAUAACUUAAGAGUUUUUCAGAUUAAACUAAAUAAACAGUCCAAAAUGGCAUGGAACCAUCCACGUUCUGAGAAUCAUGGCGGUGCCCUCAAUCUGUUCUGCUUUAAUUGACCAGGAAGUAGCCUGCUAACAAAUUACCCCUGAAGGUAAUUUGCUAGCUAAAGAUAAAAGCUACAGACAAAAUAUACUUAUACUCGCACCCACACAAAAAAACGUGGAAACAUCGAGUACGCAUAUGACGGUGUAUAAAAGGCCAGGCAGGGAAAGGAAGGGUGCGUUUUUUUGCAGCUGCGCUGUAAUAAGACCCACUUACUUGUAGGCAUACAGGGACUGCAGCUAAACCCGGAUGUCUGUAUUAGGUAUUGUUGUCAGGAAUAAACAAUCUAGUUCUCAUUUUUAUGAUUUUGGUUCUUUAAGAUUCCAUUAUCGUCUAUUCGAAACCCACUUAGAGUCCUCAGGGGGAGGAUUUCUACACCCCUCAGCUCUUCAGUACUGUAUUUGAGGUUCAUACUGAAAUUUCACGCAACUUUUUGCAUGUACAGUAAACCUGGGAUAUAUCGGAUUCAAUUGUUCCCGCUGGUUUUGUCCGAUAUAAGCGAAAUCCGUUAUAUGCGUAUACCGGAAAAUGUCCGUUUUACGCAUAUAUGGGAUUUAUAUCCGGUAUAUGCGUAAAUGGGAUUUUAUCCGUUAUAAAAAGGCACUUCCUUGACUAUGUUUCCAAUGUACCUGGACGCGCAGGCAACGCUGCAAACGCUGCAAAUGACGUCGUAUAGCGGCCUGUCACCAUUCGGCCAAUCGGAGCGCCACGAUGCGGCCAUCCGAUAUAUGCCAGGGAAAUUUCAUGGAAAUGCAUUGGAACGGGACUGGAGAUUUUGUCCGAAAUAGGCGAAAUCCGUUAUAAAAAAUCCGAUAUAUGCAAUGAAUUUUUAUUGGAAAUGCAUUACAGAAAAAUCGGUUCUUUUUUUAUCUGUCCGUUGUGAGCGAAUUUCCGAUAUAUCCGAGUCCGAUAUAUCCGAGGUUUACUGUACCUCAGAUUAACACCCAACAGUACUGGCAAAGUGAUAUUCAGAUCCGGAAUUACUUCACGUUCAGAGUAAGAAACAAAUAGAAGUCAUUGAGCUCACCAGGAAAACAGAAAAAGCUCUAACGCAGGGGUCUCAAACUCGUGGCCCGCGGGCCAAAUGUGGCCCGCGAGACGCUAGUUUGAGGCCCCCCACCUUGAUACCAAAGUUUAGUGUUGAAAUGACAGCUUAAAGCUUAUUAAAUCCUACCCCUCCAUCUGGUACUUUUACAAUCAGUAACUGUUACAUUUGUUCACUUCCUGCUUUCAUAAUAUAGUUUUAUUUUAUUUUUUUAUUUUAUUUUUUGUCACGUACCGAAAUACAGUAAACCUCGGAU